GUAUGAGUGUCUUUGAAAUGGCUCUCUGGGCAAAAGUUUUGAGAGAUUCCUAUAGACAUAUUGAGAAAUGGCAAUUAUUGAGAUAGGUAUUAUCCAAUUAUUACAACAACUGCGUACAACUGAAUGUAAGAUGUGAUUGAAUAAUAGGUCCUGCUACUACUGCAAAGUGUAGACACAGAAGUCCACAAGGGGGCGUAUAUAAUUCUUUAUACAGUUAUCAUUCUGCCACCUAGUGACAUAGUCACUUUUGAUCAAUAAUAAACUUGUAGCCUAAAUAAAUAAAAACGGCAGUGUGCUGUAGGCUAUUUACAAUCUUAUGCAUGGGUAAUGAUCACGAUUCUGUUAUCAUAGAAAUAGCCUACAAUGGUAUGUAAAAUUAAGAACUUUCUCUUGAAAUACACACAUAUAAAUACACACAUAUAAAUAAUAAAAAUAAAAAACACAACAUCGCAAAAAACAGCUCACUUUGUGGGCGAGGGCUAUAUGGCUACUUGGGAUAUUUAUUCCUGACAAGGAAUGCGGACGUCACAAUUUGCGUGACAUGCGCAGACACACGGGAGUCAGCCAAUGCCAGAUAAGUGGUAUUUUACUAUGGUAGACGUUCUCCCAGAUGGAAAACCUAAACCCGUCUUCUCCAUAGGUUGCAAAUGUCAUAUUUACAAACGUGCCAUUGUUUUUUUUAAAUAACUUCUUAAUAGGUCAUAUCUUAUAGGCCUAAUAUGCACUAUGUAGGCAGGCUAUAGGAUCGGUGACAGCGCGAAGAAUAACGGAACCUUGGUUCCUAUGAAAUAUGCUGAUAUCUUGUGUCAGGCAGAUUUUACCCUGUCGAUUAAGGUAACGAAAGGCAGACCACAAAUAUUUCCGUCAUGUGUGUCUUCUGCAUCUGUCAGUUAACUGUGAAAGUGUUUGUUCGGUGUUCAGUUUUAACGAAACACAUUAGCAUCAUCCUCUGAAGCCUGUAUCGUUGCAUUUGGAGGAACACCCACCUCCAUGCAUGAACAGUCAAGCGACAGCGACAGCUCUUACGUGUGAUUAGAUUAUCAUAUAUUAUGUUCGACAUAGCCUACCUCUGAGAUCUCAGGGGAAGAUGGAUGUCCCUGCUUCCAGUCCCACCUAUGGCCAAGAGGGGUUGUGGGGCUGUUAUUAUGGUUGGGCCCCCUCAGCAACAACACCACCACAGCUUAACUCCCCCGCAGGAUUCUCAAACACCUUCCAGACACCAUACCAGUGCCAGACGAGUACCUGUCAGGCUGGACCUGCAGCUCCACAUCCAGCCCCUCAUCCUCCACCAGUGGGUCAGCCUGGACCACCACCUAGACUCCAACCAACAGGCUCUGGGGGUCUGGAGAGACCGAGCCACUGGAACACUAACUAUCAGGACCAGAAUGGUGCUUUGUUGAGGCCUGCUGCUGAUACAAUAUGCAAAGCCCAGUCACCCUCAGAGAAAGGCACACAACCUGGGAGUAAGCUGUCGAGUCCAAGCUCAGAGUCUCGGUAUGGUCUGGACCCUCAGCUUCUUCCCAGUGCUGUCCAGGUGUUGCAGGAGGACCAGGUGGAGUGGAAGGGGAAGACGUUUGUGUCUGAACCACCAUCAAGUCUUCCCCCUCUGUCAACCACUGACUGCAUUAUAGAGGACAAAGGUAAUGCCAGCCCUCGGUUCAUCCGCUGUACCACAUAUAGUUUCCCCUCUGAGGCCCAGUCUGCCCAGCAAAGCCACCUGCCCCUGGGCGCCAUCUUGGCUCCUCUGGCUAAGCAGCACAAAGCAGAGCGCCCCGUGCCCGUUUGUGACGAGGGCGAGUGCCUGAGAGGCUGUGUGGAGUGUGGUGCCUACAUGUGCCCUUCCAUGACCUGGCAAGACUGCGGGCAGCGGUUCCACUGCCCCUUCUGUGGCAAAUACAAUGAAGUGGCCUGGCAGCUCUACCAGCCCACAGACUGCCACAGCCGCAGGGCAGAUGCAGACAAGAGACCAGAGUUGAGUUUGGGCUCCUAUGAAAUACUUGAACGAAAUAAGGAGGAAGCGGCCAGUCUUCUCCUGGCUGUGGAUGUGUCGGACACUUCUCUGACAGUCGGCCAGUUAGAGUCAAUAUGCCAGCAACUGCACACACUCCUGGACACUGUGUAUAGGGAGGAAGACACAGAGCAGUGUGCCCUGCGUGUGGGACUGCUCACCUACGACCACAGAGUUCACCUCUACAACCUGAGUGCAAGCUUGUCCCGCCCACACAUGCUGGUCGUCACUGAGACGGAUGAGCUGGAGCUCCCUCUGACCGAAGGCCUUCUGGUUCCCCUCAGCGAGUGUAAACACAUCAUUCAGAGCGUGCUGCAGCAGAUCCCUUUAUUUACCUCAGAGUCCCAGGGUUCUGCCUCCUUACCUCACGAUACUGUCGUCUCCAUGGGACUCAAGAUCCUGCAGGCAGUGGGCUGUCCUGGGAAGCUGCUGGUGUUCCACUCGUCUCCCCUCUGCGAGAGUCUCAGCAGACCCGCCUCCUCUGGCUUCUUCAACUCCAGCAAACCAAAGUCACUUUUCCAGUCAUCUGAUUCUGCCGUUUCAUUGGCCAAGGCAUGUGUCAGUCAAGGCUGCAGUGUGCAUCUUUUCCUGUUCGCUCAGCAGGAUGUGGGAGGGGCUUGGCCAGGGGACAUCCCCCACUUGACAGGUGGUGGACUGUACUACUACAAUAGUUUACAGUCGAAACUGGAGAAGGAGCAACUAAACUGUGAUCUGAAUAGGAUAGUAGAGACAGUCACGGCAUACAAGGCCCAGCUUAGAGUCUUCACCAGCAAAGAGCUCAGUGUGUCCGGUUGCUAUGGCUCAUUCAUCCCCAGUGGUUGUCCAGGGCUCGUUGCCAUGGCUGCCCUCAACUGGAACACGGCACUGGCCCUGGAGUUCACCCACAGCCGACCACUCAGUGAGGCACAAGGCAUAGCCAUACAGGUUGUCCUGUCUUACACGGAUCCUCACGGGGAGAAGAGAACCAGAGUCCACAGCCUGAGUCUGCGUUGCUCAGCCUCCCUCCUGGAGAGUUUCCGAAACAGCCAGGCCGAGACGGUUCUCACCUUCUACUGCAAGAAGAUGUACUGUGCAGUGGUAGAGCGCCCUCUACAGUGCCUACGGGAGGAACUGCAGGCUGAGGUGACUGAGUUACUGGCCUGCUACCGCAAACACUGCAGCUCCGCCCCAGUGUCCUCAGGACAGCUUGUCCUGCCUGCGUUCCUGAAGGUUCUGCCGGUGUAUGUAAACAGCCUGAGGAAGAGCGAGGUGGUGUUGCCUGGCAUACGCAGCUCAGUCCAUCAGCGUCUUCUGCUGCGCAGCCGCAUUCUCUCCAUGGACACCAAGACCACAGUCUCCCACUUCUACCCCUGUGUUCUCCCUCUGUGUGUGGGUGAUGAGCGCCCCCAUGUGGGAGAGGUGGUGCGCUGCAGUGCCUCCAGCCUUGACCCCAGUGGUCUGUACCUGGCCUACUCCCCCUCAGCCCUGGUGCUCUGGAUGGGCCAUGGGGUCUCCAGGCAAGCCCUGAUGGAGCUCUUCAGCAACUCUUGCUUCUCCUCAGUCACGUCAGGGGAGAUAAAAAUGCCUAUACUGGAUACCCCCCUGUCAGUCCAUGUGAGGACUCUAAUAGAAACUCUACAGUUAAACUCACCCUUCACUGCAUCGCUGAAGGUGGUUAAGCAGGGUGAUAGCUGUGAGGACACCAUACAGCGUCUCCUCGUCGAGGACAAGAGUCCCAACGGCGGAGCCUCGUACGCAGACUUCCUCUACCACCUCCACAUCAACUCCCUGCGUCUCCUGCUAUGACACAGUCUCUACAUCUCUCUGAGUGAAGACACAGACUGUGACUCUUCAUUGUGUAAAUCACUGUAAUGUGGAAUACAGUAUGUACCCAGUUCUUUGUAUCCUUGUGAAUGCAUGUGAAUAUUGUAAGCAAUAACAUAUAGGUUUUAAUGGGAUUCUUGCCAAGAAGUAGUUAAGAGUAUGUAUGUCAAUGAUUGUACAUAGUUUCAGAAGUGUCUUGUUCACCCUUUGACUUGCUACUUGUUUUAUUUUAUAUUUGUAUUUAUUGCCUCUUCUGAUUUUGUUGAAAUGUACAGCUGAAGUUGCACACUGUAAACACUGGAUUUGCUUCCCUCAGUUUGUACUGUUAAUAAAUGCUCCAUUCAAGUCA